AAAUUGUUAUUCAUAAUUAUAUGUCUGUACGUGGACUGUUUGGUUUACUCUCGAUGUAAGUCUUAGAACUAGGAGUUACGCAAUGGACAGAUAAGAAAGGCGGCAACAGAAAAGUUUCGCAUCUGUUUUUCUGCGGUGUUGAUCCGUCAGUACAUUUGGAUUCCCAAACACUAAGCAGAUGUGGAGGAGGCGCGUGCUGUAUACCUGUGACGACGCUUCAUGAGAUGAUCAUCACUAUCACUGCGUCUCAGCCCUAUCUCUGCUUACAGUACAUCUCUAUGCGAUUACUACAGAAACGGCACACAUUUACCGGGAUUUCGGCCGAUUUGUGACAACGUCGUUAACGCUGAAGCCUUGAGGGUGAGAGGAGGGAGGACUGUUUAACUUUUUAGUGAAGAAGGGUGAGACAGCUGUGUUUGUGAGUACCGGAGAAGGAAGUCUCAAAGGACAGCGUGAGCGGAUUACUGUUCCCCUGAGGUGGAGGGGUGAGUGGCGGUCCCGUUUUACUCACCCCUCCUGAUCACACCGCUGAUGCUGAAGAUGCUGAACCACGGUGCAGGAUUGCUCUUCUUGCUACUGUCGUGUAUUCGGUCCACUCUGUUGGGUUACCCCUUUAAACCUCCACUAGACCUGGAUGUGACCCCUAGGACUACAGUCCUCUCCAAUGGGCUGUUGGACUGCAGGCGUUUCACAAGCUUGGCAUUGAACUACAGUUUAUUACUGUUGGAGGAGGAGGCAGGCAUGCUGUACGUGGGAGCAAGAGGGGCCUUAUAUGCCCUGCAGGCUAGUGACAUCUCCAGCAGCUCUCUACAAACUAUUGACUGGGAGGCAUCAGAUGAUCAGAAGCAACAAUGCUUAAACAAAGGGAAAGACAACAAGACUGAGUGCUACAACCACAUACGAUUCCUGCAGAGGUUUAACAACACACACUUGUACACUUGUGGUACACAUGCUUUCAGCCCUCUGUGUGCACACAUCGAUGUAAGGGAGUUUAAGAUAUCAUCGGCUUUCGAAGAAGGGCGAGAGAAAUGCCCAUAUGACCCCACUAAAGGCUAUACUGGCCUGCUGAUUGAUCAACAGAUGUACACAGCAUCUCAGUAUGAGUUCAGGAGUUUUCCAGAUAUUCGACGCAACUCUCCGAAUCCCACACUGAAAACAGAGGAGGCUCCCACUCAAUGGCUACAGGAGGCUGAUUUUGUGGGCUCAGCGCUGGUGAAAGAGAGUUUAAGUAGCUCAGUUGGAGACGAUGAUAAGAUCUACUUCUUCUUCACAGAGAAAAGCCAAGAGCUUAGUCCAUACUUCAGUCACAGCAGAGUAGCAAGGGUUGCUCGUGUCUGCAAGAGAGACAGAGGAGGUCUUCUAACCCUACAGAAAAAAUGGACAUCCUUCUUGAAGGCACGGCUGGUUUGUUCUUUACCUGACUAUGAUUUUCACUUCAAUGUGCUGAGGAGUGUGUUUCUAUUGGAAGGCUCCAGCCCUCAGGAAUCCGUUCUCUACGGCAUCUUCGGCUCAGAAUGGAAAAAUGUCAAAGCCUCUGCUAUCUGCCAGUACUCCAUGUCGGACAUCCAGUGGGCCUUUGAUGGGCCUUACAUGGAGAGCAAGGAGGACUCGAGCUCUAAAUGGACCCAGUACACGGGGAAGGUGCCGGAACCACGACCUGGCUCGUGCAUCACAGAUCAACUUAGAGCAAAAGGCAUCAACUCAUCCACCAACCUCCCAGAUGAUGUCCUUCACUUUGUACGUCGCCAUCCGCUCAUGUACAGGCAGAUCCUUCCACAGGGACAGCGCCCCCUGCUGUUUAGGAGGAACGUGGAUUACACUAAAAUUGCCGUACACAGAGUGACUGGUCUAGAUGGUCAGAUAUAUGACAUGCUCUUCAUUGGGACAGAUGAAGGUUGGCUCCAGCGAGCUGUGAAGGUCAAUGAUCAACUACACAUUAUUGAGGAACUACAGUUGUUUGAAGAACCACAGCCAGUGGAGAGUAUAGUCAUCUCAGAGAAACAGAUGAGUGUGUAUGUCGGUUCGCCCACCUCAGUGGUGCAGCUGCCUUUGUCCACAUGCAAAAGAUAUUCCUCUUGCUUCGAAUGCGUCAUGGCCCGUGAUCCCUUCUGUGCUUGGGACGGACUGGAGUGCGUGAAGAUUACAUCGCACAACACCAGAGCCAAUCUGACGCAAGACAUUCUGAAUGGAAAUAAGGGCUGUGAUGAAUCUACAGCAGAUGAUCAAGUGUUAUACCGGUCUCGGUCCGUGAUGGUGGGCGAUGAUGUGCUGCUUCAGUGCGAGCUCAGCUCCAACCUGGCAACCCCUGAGUGGACGUUGAAUGAAAACAAAUUGCAGGGUUACGGGCUGGACUCCGGCUAUCGCAUCGGCACCGACGGUCUUCUGGUCAUCGAGGCACGUCCCAACCAGGGCGGUAACUACUGCUGCUUCGCCCUGGAGAACGGCCUUCAUGUUCCUGUAGUCAUCUACACCCUGACUGUUCGUUCGGGGCUGCCACCACCUCCACCCGUAAAGCCAACGCAGUCGCACGUGACCACAGCGAUCCUCUGGAAGACAUCCCAGAGCGACUCCGUGGAGGACUUCAAUCCCACCCCACUAUCUCCUCGCUUCGAGUUCCUGUCUCUGAAAAACAUGGAGGCCAUGUAUCUUUCCCUCAUCAUCAUUUUAGGAGGAUUGUGUCUGGUUCUAACAGUCGUCCUUCUUUACGUAGGAUUCUGUUUGCAAGGGCGUAAAGGUAAAUACUCUCUACGGGCGGCCGCUCGUGCUGAAAAGAAAAGAGGUGCCCACAUGGAGCUCAAGACCAUUUCUAGCCACUGCAAUGGCAAAGCGGACACUCACGAUGGUCUUCUGCAGAUCGUUCCUGGAGAAGCUCCAACAUCGCCCAAUAAAGAUCUCCCUCCUGCUCCACCUCUCCCGCCACCUUCUUCAGAGUCAGAGUUUGUAAACGGACUGUCCGCCACCCUGCCCAACGUCCUACGCAAGAUGAAUGGCAACAGUUACGUGUUACUCAGGCAGACCGAUGGAGACACAACGUCUCCUCUUUAUUACUCCUUCACGGAGGAACUCAACAAGAUCCUGGAGAAGAGGAAGCACACGCAGCUAUGCAGUAAACCUGAUGAGAGCUCAGUAUGAACAUUGAGGGCGCAGGUUUGAGUUUCCUGAAAGUCAUGCUUCACCCAAACUGGAUGCUAAUGAUCGGACACGGCUCCUUUUAUUGGACGAUAAACAAAGCGUUGCUAUUCCUUUAAAAGGAACGCUCACUUCUCCGUUUACAUUUCAAAUGUUGAGCUUUUGACAUUUACUGAGAAGGAGUAUCCACCGGUCACAAAGUAGCAAAGGCUGCAACACAUACAAUGGACGUUCUACCUCAGCAGAACCGAUUUCAGCAUACUUAUGUUAGUAUUUGGGUUGGGGGCGAGGGAAUAGAGCGAAUUAUUCACUUAUAAACUACUUUGGAGAACAUACAGUAGUAAGGAACUAGGCAGUGUAAAUCAGGCGUCACACCUGUACAAAAAAAGCCACUUUAAAAGUGCCGUGGUGCGCUGAAUGUCUUACGUAGGACAUAUUUUAGUAUUUAUAUCUUAACUCACCAUAUCAGUUUUGGCCUCUAAUAACAAAUUAACGGAUAAAACAGAUAGGGAAAAUGAGAAAUGCACUUGAUGGUAUUAAUAGUGUGAUGAAAUUGGGGUCUGGGUGGGGAACUGGGACGAUUUAGACAGUAUUACCACUGGGACGCACUUUAUGUAGCAUUUGUUUGUGUAAGGCGCUGCUGAAAAUGCUGUGAAAUGUGUGCAGAUCUGUCCACUGUUGUGCAUGCAGAAGAACUGACCACCACCAGGUUGUUUGUUGGCCUCCAUCGGAAUUCCAGCAUCAUCACCUGCUGUGUUGUCACGGCAACCACGGAGGAGAGGUAAAUCGGAUGCUGACCUUCCGAGAUGCUUUUGACACAACCGGUUAUUACACCACCAAUUCUUACAGACCUUACAGUGUUAACAGGAACUAAUAUUGGGAACUAGUAAUGUCUCUAGUUCCCAACAGGAACUAGUAAUGUCUCUUUUUGGGACAUGAUGAACUAUGAGUAUAUAAUGGGUUUAAUUAUGCCUUUAUGUCCAGUGAGAAUUCAAUUGUGUAAAUGGAACUGAUCCAGCCCACACUUGCGUGCAAGAGGGCUUUGGCGAAUCUCCCGCUGCUUAAAGAAAGCAAAGCACCUGGAUCAAGCUGUUUAGAUCAGAAUAUGCCGAUUGCAGUGAAGCCGAAUGGAGAACAUUAAGGCCACAUGUUCAGUACGGAGCUGAGAUGAGCAAUGCUGAUAGUGUACUUGUUUUUCUUCUCUCUGUUCUUCACUUUUUGUCCUUUAAUCUAUGUGCUCAUGAUCUCUGUUUUUGUGUUGUUGAACGAUCCUGUCAUGUUUUUCAGGCAUGGGCUACUCUCUUCACUUUUCUUCUUUUUUUCACUGUAAAAUAAAGGACAAUUCAGGAACGAUAUUAUUCAGUGAUAACAUUUUCAUUUUUGGGUAACUUGGAAAAAUUCAUUUUUUUAGUAUGUGGGUUUCCUGGGAUCAAACCCAAGACCUUUGCGUCGCUAACACCAAUUGAGCUACACUACACACCGCCCUACUUGUUGUUUUCCUAAUUUUUCCGAAUCCUCCUUCCACUUUUUUGUUAUUUCCGUUCGACAAAUGGCUUUCAUGUCUGUGCAUACAUCUCCAUCCUAUUGUCUAAUAAGAGCCGAAUGAUUUGCAUACAGAUCUGACCUACGCUCUCCCAGAGGGUCACAGUCUGUGAUGAGAUGCUUGUCGCCAUACAGCUCGUACAGUCUGUUCCUGCAAUGUUUACAUCCCCGUGAGUCUUAUAUUCCUGUGAGGGGGCACUGUGCAAAUUCUUCUAACAUGCCAGGACAGGUUUGUGGAUGAGAUAGAUCUCAACUAUGGGCCCCAUUGAGAGCGAUUUUACGGGAUGCUAGAGAGAGACAGAGAUGGAAAACGGGAAAAUAAGAUCAAAAGAGAGCCUGGAGAAUGCAUGGAAAUGUCUUUUCUUAUGUCUCAUUUAAGGUAAUUGCUCAGCAAUAUGUGACAGAUUGACACUGUAGAGUACACUGUAAAAAGUAAAAGUUGGGUCAAAUUACAAAUAAAAAAUUACUUCAAUUGGUGACUUUAAGUGAAAAGUUUUAAGUUUAAAAUAGGGCUGUCACAAUGAUUAAAUAAUCGUCUCAUUACGAUUGUUUGACCUCAUCGCAAUGAUUUCAGAUCACCACAAUGAUUGCACAUCUUUCUAAAGAACACAAGGGGGAGCUGCAGCGCCUGUAUAAAUGAGACAUUAUCAGAUUACUUUUAAAUAUGUGUUAUGUGCAUGUGUGAAACAAAGUGUGAAAAUUAUUUCAUAAACAAGCAAAAAAAGUAUGAAAAUUAAAUGUCAAAGCAAUAAAACAGUCAAUUAAUCUCCAUAACCGCCAAAGCCCUAAAACCAAGCCUAUUAAUCGUCAUUAAGUAACCGUCUGCAAAAUUUCAUAAUCGUGACAGCCCUAGUUUAAAAUGUUAAAAUAUUUUAACAAUUUGUUUUUCACCUUAGAUUUUUCACUUUAAGUGAAAAAAAUAAGUUUAUAAAACUUUUAUAAAAUAUUAAAAUAAAAUAAAAACAUUACUGGUCUGCAUUAUGAGACAAAUAGCACAUAUAUAUGUUAAGAUAUGUCACUGCAAGCUAUUUUAAGUGAAACCGGCCUGUACACUAUGUCAUCAGGCAUGGGUGAAUUGUUAUUGAUUGAAUGUUACAUUGGUUUUGUACUUUUACUUAAAGGGAUAGUACACCCAAACAUGAAAAUUCUGACAUUUACUCACCCUUAAGUUGUUCCAAACCUGUAUUAAUUUAUUUGUUCUGCUGAACACAAUACUAUAUUUUAAUAAAUGUUUGUAACAAAGUACAUCUGGGGCACCAUUAAGUUCCAUAGUAGAAAAAAUACAAUUGAAGUCUAUGGUGCCCCAGAUCUGUUUGGUUACCCAGAAAUUUACGAGUUUGGAACAACAUGAGGGUGAGUAAGUGAAGACAGAUUUUUCAUUAUCGGGUGUCCCUUUAAAACCCCCCGAUGUAUAAUUAUUACAAGUUUUAUGCCCUCUAUAGUUCGUGAUAAGAAGUUUCACUGUUGUUUGGUUGUGAUAUCGGUUUUAAUUUGGUCUCUUUAGUAAUGCAAACUUUCUUCCAACAUAUAGAUGUGUAUAAAAAAACAUGUUUCAGUGGAAAUAUUUAUUUUACAGAUAUGUACAGUUUUGUGUAUAUUUAUUUUCUUUUGUGUCAAACUUUUUUGUAAUUCAUAGUUGAAUAAUAGAUCAUGGCUAGACAUUUACUGUAGCUAACAUCAUGCCAACUUGGAUCUAAAAAAACCUGUCAUUUAAUUAAAGAAAUAUUAUUUCACCCUAAUACGUUUAAUUUGUGCACAAAUGUCAAAAUAACAGGACCCCAAGACUGUAUAUUACCUAUUUCUCUGCUUGUGUACAUUAUAAACUGUAACAAUGUCUGCAGUUUAAAGUCUCAUUAUCAAAGUUUGAUUUCAAUCGAUGAUUUUAAUUUCAAUCUUUGACAUGGCCUUACUCAGUCAAUAUUUAAGAUAUCAAUGUUAUAUUUUCACAGAAGGGUUCUUUAUAUUUAGGAUGAUUUUAUCUAGAAAACAGUAAAUCACUGGAUCACAAUUGUUAAAUCUAUCGCACUGCAGACCACAUUUCAAGUCUCAGAUCUAUAAGUACAGAGCUGUAUGGUUAUGGGUAGGAUUGUGUGGGCUGCAUCUUAAAGUGCAUAUAAUAAAGCUGCUUAGACCUAUUCCUGUCACCAUGGUAAAAAAAGUCCAUCUAGAAAUGUUAUCAAUUCACUUAAUGUUUAAUUCACUAUUUGCUCUCUACAGUAUGUGAGAAAUAUUCUCAACCAUCUUGGCCUGUGCUUGUUCAAACAGUCAAAACCCAAGAUAUAUACUCAGUAUCUCUCUCUCGCUAUCCAAGGGCAAGAUGUUAUGUUUUCCUGUUUCAUUAACACAGUAAUACCACAGGGACGUGGGAAUUGUGAAUUCAUUGCUACCCAAUAUACUCAACAUGGGAACCUGUCUAUUGGUUUGUUUACGCUUUACAGAGUUAAUACUUUUAAAACAGUAUUAAGGUCUAUGUUAAAGUUCUCUUUUUAUUUGCCAUUGUUUUUACAUGAACUAACUGCAGAGAUCCAAAUGUGUUUUCAUGUACUUGUUUUGUAAUAAACUCAACAUGACUCAUCUGUGCUGACGUGUAAAA